GUGGGGGGUAGGGUGGUAAACAAGGAUCAGCUGAGGCAGGUGAAGCACGAUGCUUGCUGCUUCUCUUAGGUUGUCAACUUCUCUGAUUGGAAGUCCAAAAUGGGGCUUCAAGUGGUUCUCACAAGUGUCUGCACCAUAUUCUCUUCUUCAGGUCUCCCAGGAAAAUGGAGUUCGUCGCAUUACAUUGGCUGAUGCCAAAACAAGAAAUUCACUUUCUCUCCAAAUGCUGAAGGAGUUGCAGACUGCAAUAACUCCCAAAGAUCCUUCUUUGCGAUGUAUUGUACUUGGAGCACAGGGCAAAGUCUUCUCAGCUGGGCAUAAUCUCAAAGAACUGACACUGAAAGAAGGACGUAACUACCACCAGAAAGUUUUUGAUGCUUGCUCGGAACUUAUGCUAGCACUGCGAGAUCUACCAGUUCCUGUUGUUGCUACAGUGAAUGGUGUUGCUGCUGCUGCUGGAUGCCAGCUGGUUGCAUCUUGUGAUGUUGUUCUUGCUACACAAAAUUCUUCCUUUUCAACACCGGGUGGAAGUGUUGGUAUAUUCUGCUCUACUCCUGGUAUUCCAUUGGUGAGGUGUGUUCCUUGGAAGGUAUCUGCCCACAUGCUACUCACAGGAUUGCCCAUCACAGCAGAAGAAGCUUUACAUGCUGGUCUUGUCUCAAAAGUUGUCUUGGAGAAUGAAUUGGAGCAAGAGACACAGAGAAUAGUGGAUGCAAUCACUCGUAAAAGUAAAGCGGUGAUAUCCCUAGGAAAGAAAUUUAUGUAUAAACAAAUGGAGAUGGGAAUUGAGGAAGCAUACAGGGAAGGAAGCUGUGUGAUGGUCGACAACAUUAACCUGAAGGAUGGACAAGAAGGAAUAAGUAGUUUUAUAGAGAAACGGAAACCCAGAUGGUCUCAUUCUGAUGAAUAACCAUCGAAUGCAAGUGUGAUUAUUACUAUACAGUGGUACCUCGAGUUUCAAACAGAUCCCAACUUGAGCAAUUAUGUAAAUGUAUUUUUGCAAGUGCAUUUGUAAGUGUAUUUUUGGGGGUCUGAAACAGACUAAUCUAAUUUACAUUAUUCCUUAUGGGAACAAAUUCGUUCGGGAUCGGCACUCAGACAGCCUUCUGGAAUGAAUUAAGUUUGUAACUUGAGGUACCACAGUACUGUAAUCAAAACUAAGUGCUAAACCUACAAGGGUCAUACACCAUGUCUUUAUUUAAAAUUUUUAUGAGGUAAAGGAAUGCUGUGAAUACUGCCUGACUACACGUUGCAUUAUGAGAUGAAUAAGGCACAUUUUUAUUAUUAAUAAAUUCAAGAAUUUU